GACACAGUCCCCGAAGGUGGAUAUGGCUGGGUAUGUGUGGCCUGUAUCUUUCUCAUUAAUGCUCACACUUGGGGCAUCAAUAGUGCCUUCGGAGUCAUCCUGUCCUUCUAUCUCUCCCACAAUGUUUUCCCUGGCACCUCCGCUCUGGCCUACGCAUUUGUCAGUGGCCUCAGCAUUUCCAUCGCUCUGCUGAUUGCGCCGGUUAUCACCUCGAUCUCCUCACGUCUCUCGACGCGUUAUAUCCUCCUAGCUGGCAUUAUCUUUGAAACUGCUUCGAUGAUCGGCGCGUCAUUUGCCACCCAGAGUUGGCAGCUGUUCCUCAGUCAAGGUAUAUGCUUCGGGCUCGGAAUGGGCACGCUAUUCAUAAGCACCGUGGGAAUCCCAAAUCAAUGGUUCAAGAAGCGACGUGGGAUUGCGAAUGGGAUUGUGGCUGCGGGCUCGGGAACAGGGGGGCUCAUCUACUCGCUAGCCACGAACAGCAUGAUUGAGCAGCUCGGACUACGCUGGUCCUUUCGGAUUCUGGCCAUCAUUGCAUUUACAGUCAAUCUUGGUUGCGGCAUGCUUAUUCGGGAACGACGUAUCCAUCCGAAAGCGAGUGGUGAUAAACCGCCAUUCCGUGCUACCUCGCUUGUCUUUCAGCCGCGCUUCAUCCUCUUCCUAGGCUGGGGCUUCUUCAGUGUCUUGGGCUACAUCGCUCUACUCUUCAGCCUUGCCAGCUAUGCAACGCAAGCAGUUGGGCUCAGUGCCAACACGGGCAGUCUGGCUAGCGCGCUUCUGAACCUGGGACAAGCGCUCGGUCGACCCUUAAUCGGGGUACUCAGCGAUCGGUUCGGCCGAAUUCGGAUCGCCGCUCUGGCGUCCGGCCUGUGCGGUCUACUGUGCCUGGUAUUCUGGCCCUUCGCGUCAGGCUCCGCAUCGCUGUUCGCCUUCUCGAUCAUGGGAGGCUUGGGGGCUGGGACGUUAUGGGCGUCGGCGGCGGCGAUCGCGGCUGAGUUGGUGGAGCUUCCCGCGGUCCCGGGCGCCUUAUCCGUUCUCUGGCUGGCGCUGGUCGCUCCUGGGACUGUGGCCGAGGCUAUCGCACUGCAGCUGAGGACUCCAGGUAGUGUUUGUAGUCCGUUCUUCCCAGUGCAGAUGUUUACUGGUGGUGUUUAUCUUUUGGCGGCUGGGUGCUUGGGUCUUGUC